AAACAAUUAUAAAUGCGUAAUUGCACUUCACUUUGUCUCAUGACACGUACAAGAAUCUACUCUUUCAAGGAAGCUUUGAGAUCAAACGAGAGAACAUAUUCCACAAUAGAAACCACAAGAGAGUUCGUGACUCGUUGAGAAACACAGAGAAAAAGGAUAAAAGACACAAUUUCGAGAAACAAAGCAUUGAAAUUGAUCUGAGUUGAAUCGGUUAUGCGAUGUGGAAAAAUUGCGUAUCAAAAAUGUCUCGAAAAAGAGACGUGGAGAGCGGAGAAAGAACCCUUUAUCCUUCUAUGAUUGAGAAUCCUCAAUUAAGAUGGUCCUUCAUACGUAAGGUGUACUCCAUCAUCACCUUUCAGUUGCUUCUCACCAUUGCUGCAGCAUCCGUCGUUGUUUUCGUUCCUGGUGUUGCGCAUUUCUUUGUCAGUUCUACACACGGCCUGAUUAUUUACAUCGUCCUUAUCUUUGUUCCCUUCAUAACAUUAUGUCCGCUUUACUAUUAUCGACAGAAGCAUCCUCUCAAUUACUUCCUCCUGCUGAUUUUCAAUGUCACUUUAGCUAUUCCCAUUGGGUUAACAUGUGCCUUUGUUAGCGGGAAAGUAAUUCUAGAAUCUGUGAUAAUGACGACUGCGGUUGUGUUCAGUUUAACUCUCUACACAUUUUGGGCUGCAAGAAGAGGCCAUGAUUUCAGUUUUUUGGGUCCAUUCUUGUUUGGUGCUUUGUUGGUUCUUAUUAUCUUUGCUUUCAUUCAGAUUCUGUUUCCAUUGGGAAAGGUUUCACAUAUGGUCUAUGGAUGUCUUGCAUCUAUCAUAUUUUGUGGCUACAUAGUAUAUGACACAGACAACCUUAUCAAGAGGUUCUCCUAUGAUGACUACAUUUGGGCUUCGGUUUCGUUGUAUCUUGACAUCAUCAACCUUUUCCUCUCUUUACUUACUAUUUUUAGAGCUACUAAUUGAAAAUAAUUAAUACAAUAUCAUACUAUAGGCACUAUAUAACUCAUAUGUAUUGAGAGCUAAUCUAGUUAAUGAAUGUUCAUUUGAGAAAUUAAGAUGAUGAAAUUGAUAAA